CCAACUACUAACCGAUCCUACAGACCUAACUUAUUUAUGUGCCUGGAACCCAAGUUCUGACCUCCUCUUGGCAGAUAGCUAUUUGCAAACGUGGGGCGGACCUUAUAUCCUACACGCCAUGUUCUUUCUUACCUACCUCUACUACAAACUGCUAGCCGUCUUCCUCAGGCGAAUUACCGUGCGAAAAACCCCUGAAGCCAGCCCUGAUGAGGUCCUGCAGAUCGAUUCCCGCGACGGUGGCCGGACCAUCAAAGUGCACUUGUAUCGCAAUGCCUCCGCAUCGACCUCCAAGCCCACGCCUGUAUUGGUGAACUUCCACGGCAGUGGCUUCGUCUUUCCGCUCCACGGCAGUGACGACCCGUACUGUCGGCAGAUGAGUCGCGAGACCGACCGGACUGUUCUCGAUGUCCAGUACCGCCUCGCUCCCGAGAACCCUUUCCCCGCGGCGCUGAAUGACGCCGAGGAUGUCGUGCGGUGGGUGCUCGCUCAGCCAGACAAGUUUGACCUCAGCCGGGUGUCCCUGUCCGGGUUCAGUGCCGGCGGAAAUUUCGUUCUGGCGGCGGCGGGGAAUCUCUUCCCCCCGGAGACCUUUCACUCCGUGAUCGCGGUGUAUCCUGUCGUGGACAUCCACACGGAUGCCGCUCUGAAAGUGCCGCCGGAUACGUCUGGGAAAGCCAUUCCCUUGUUCAUGUCGAGAUUCUUCGACGCAUGUUAUACGCACGGCAAGUAUGAUACCAGAGAUCCCCGCAUCUCGCCGCUGUAUGCGAACCCGGAGCGCUUUCCCAGUCGGGUGAUGAUUGUGACGGCGGCGUGUGAUAACUUGGCGGUGGAGGCGGAGACACUGGCCCACAAAAUUGCCAAGGCGCCCGGCAAAGAUCGUGAGGUGGUGCAAGUGCGCAUGCAGGGUUGCAAUCACGCCUUUGAUAAACGGGCAUUACCGGGAACCGUACAGUGGGAUGCUAGAGAGAAGACUUAUGCCAUGGCGGGGGCGAUGUUGUCGCGUUAAAGGGAAGGACAGAAUAGCAGCAGUGGCAGUAACUUAAUUAGUGUGUACGGUCCAUGUAGCAGGAUAUUCAAGAUGGAGUCCCCUAUGAGGGAACAGGGCAACUUUAUUGGUACCGCACGGAGAUAUGGGGGUCAUGCAAAUCAUGAUGCAGGAGAUUACGCGGUGAAGUCUUUCUGUAUGGUAAUUAACUAGGUAGUCAAGACAUGGUGCCAUUACCC